AUGUUCGACCUCCCCAGCGCAAAGCGCGUCCGUCGCGAAGAACUCCUAUCCCGAACAUCCACCUCGCCCUCCCCCUCUCCACCCCCAGAAUCCUCCCUCACAGACGUCCACCAACGUCUCGGCGCCCUCCUAGACAUCGACGCCCUCCUCGCGCCACAACCCGACCCAUCUCCGCAACCAACAACCGAAGCCAACCCCGACGAAGACGAAGAACAAGAGUUCGAAUUCCGACUGUUCAGCGCCCCUGCGAAAUCCGAAUCUAAAAAGGAAGAGCAAGCAGCUGUCGAGUCCAGCACAACUCAAGCCCAGAAAUUACGCAUCCGGGUACGCUCACCCACGCCCGGCGCAGUGGGAGUGGAAGAUGGACGCUUUGUGAAUCCGUUUCGCGGAUGGGGGUACUAUUUCUCUGCGCCGGGGGCGAUGGCUGGGGUUAAGGAGGAUGAGUUACGGCUGGAAGAGGAGAGGUUGAGGGAGAAGAGGAGACAGUUUGAGGACGUGGCUGUUUCGGGGUUGCAGGUGGUAGGGUUUGCUGGUGUGGAGUGGCCUGGGUGUCAUCUUCCGUGGAGGGUUGUGACGCUGAAGAGUGAGAAGAAGGGUAAGGGUGCGGCGGUGACGUGCGCGAAGGACCCUGCGGAGAGGGCGCCGACGUCUUUGAAGAAGCCGGGCAAGAAACGCCGGAUUCAGUUGCGGAAGCGGGUCUCGGCUGCGGAUGAGAGAAAGAAGAAAGAGGAGGAGAAGAAGUUGUUGGAGGCGGAGAAGCGGAAUCGGAAGAAUCGCGAGAAGAAGAUCAAGCGGAGGCAGAAGGCGAGAGAGGAGAAGGCUGCUAAGGCCGCCGCUGCUGCUGCGGCUGGUGGUGGUGAGGCUCCGGCUGGUCAGAUGGAUGUGGAUGUGUCUUCGGAUGAGGGCAGCGAUUGA